AUGGCGACAGCCGACAUCACGGAUGGGCUGAUCAAUGACGAUGCUGGCAGUCGCCGCGACAGACCAUUUCACUUCCCAGCGAGCCGAAAGCUGCGACAUCUGACAGGUGUUUCCGUCCGUAAUCUUGUGGUCAACCCUCCUAGCCGGGCUCGAGGGAAAACAAUCGACGACGAGGAUAUCCCAAACUCUUUGCAGUCGCCGUCAAAGAUACUUGCGCAAGAGGCUAAUCGAACCCUCAACUACUCGCGAUCGUUCUCGAAUCUGAAGUCCUCCCCAGCAUCCAGCAAUGAGAAUGGUCGUACCCAGCAGCGACUUCCUUUGCGGCAAGCCCGUCGACAGAGUACACUGCCCUGGAGCGAUCCUAAUCCACAAAUGCGACAGGUAAAGCUAGAGGAUAUAACGCGUGGCCGGAUAGCAAACACCUGGUUCUCGAUACAUUGCGACGGUAUCCACGAGCCCGUGUAUGUGAGCGAAGUUGUGGAGAAUGCGAUGAAUCCAAACUUUCGAGCAUUUGACCUCAAUUCUUGCGGGCCAUCUGUUUCGCGCUUAGACUACCUCACUCUGAAAUUGUGGGUAAAGACUGCGACUAUGGAUGAUUAUAUGAUGCUAGUGGAGUUACAACUACAUCUGCAGUCGCUUCAAUUCUUGGGACGGUCGUUGGAUAACUUUCAUCAACCUCUACCUGCGAAUUCCGUCCUCUUUCAUUUCCCGGAUGGGGUGUACACCAAUCUGACCGACAUUCCGCCCAUGUGGACGCCGUUACCUACAGUGAGUUCCAAACCCAGUGAUACAGCUGUACCGACAUCAUCGUACGACGCCCUGAUGCGACUUGCAAAUCUGGACGAAUGUAUCCAGGAUGCUUUGAUUACAAGGGAAAGGCUUGAAUCACAGAUUAGCUCAAUUCUGGAAAAGAAUCAAGAUGCUGUGCGAACGACGAGCAAAGCGUCCCGGGCGAAGGAUAAACUCAACCUCACUAGGAACGCAGUUUCAAGUCAGCGCAAGCAAUUGCGCUUGGCUACCAAACGCAAGGAAGAAUUGAUUGCUAGUAUCAAUGCUAGAAAAGACGCCAUGGAGAAUGGCACUCGCAGUUGGGAAAUAGUGCGCAGCCAUCUUCCUGACGCACGAACGAAACUUGGCUCCAGCAUGAGAUUGCUCGACCAAAAUACAGAAGAAACCAAGGGCCAGAUCCGACGCAUAUCUGAGGAUAUUCUCGAUAUCUAUCCGAUUGAGCCGAUCCGUGAUAAACCACUUGCUUUCACCAUUGCUGGCAUAGCUCUUCCCAACUCUAACUUUGUCGAUGUCGAUCGAGACGCAGUGGCAGCAGCGCUCGGGUAUACUGCGCACCUAGUAUAUUUACUGUCAUUCUACCUUUCCAUCCCCGUACCAUAUCCAAUCACGCCGCACCUCUCAAACUCGCUGAUCCACGACCCCGUGUCUACUUCUCUCCCACAGAGGACAUACCCCCUCCACCCGGUUAAUGUGCAGUAUCGGUUCGAAUAUGGAGUAUUCUUACUGAACAAAGAUAUCGAGUUCCUGCUAAAUAAACAGGGUCUGCGGGUGCUAGAUAUUCGACACACGCUGCCGAACCUGAAAUAUCUUCUGUAUGUCCUCACAGCACGGUCGUCGGAGAUUCCUGCAAGGAAGGCUGGAGGGAUUCGUGGCCUACUUCCAGGACGUCUGACUCCCAGCCUCUCCCGCCGUGGCAGCGAAGACAGCGCUGUGUACGGCGAGACUGGCAAUCAUCGACGAGGGGUGAGUCCAAUAUCGACAGUGAAUGGAGACAUGGCACUAGCCAAGGGGAAGAAACCUUUUGCCCCCGUUCCGAGCGGAUCAGCAUCAGCUUCGUUUGGUGUGGCUUGA